UCAGCUCAACUCUCAUCUUCUUCAACCAGAACUUCCACAACAUAAUUUACUGUAACAAAAAUGGCAGCAGCAUUUGCCACCGCCUCAUCCGCCGUCAUUGGCUUGGGCAGCACCUCACUCUCCACCCCUUCUCGCAUUUCAUCUCCCAACAACGUCUGCCUUGCCUCCGGGUUUGUGAAGUCGCCGGUAACAGCUAGAAAUCCAUUGAGGCAACUAGCUGGGGCUAAUGGAGGGAGAUUCAUGUGCUUUGAGAGAAAUUGGCUGCGCACGGACUUGAAUGUGAUAGGAUUCGGGCUGAUUGGAUGGCUAGCACCAUCCAGCAUACCCGCAAUCGACGGCAAGAGCUUGACCGGCCUCUUCUUCGACAGUAUCGGAACUGAACUUGCUCACUUCCCCUCCCCUCCUGCCCUUACUUCUCAGUUCUGGUUAUGGCUGGUUACAUGGCAUUUGGGCUUGUUCAUCUGCCUCACUUUCGGACAAAUUGGCUUCAAGGGCAGGACUGAGGAGUACUUCUAAUUUAAAUAAUAAUUAUUACUUUUCAAUGUUUGUAUGAUAGUUUCUGCUGUAUAACUCGCUUUCCCAUCUUCUUCCCAUGAUGUAAAAUACUGCUGUUAUUGUCAUCUAUUUUUCUUUUCUAA